GCCCGAACCCUUCAAGGCAGGAAGAGAAGUAUCGAUGACUGAGAAUGCCAAUCUUAGGUAAACCCAAAAUGAACAGGCUGUCUUUAUAUACACGUUGUUAGUGACUAGAAGCAUAGCACCAAUGGAUUUCUUAGCGUCCCCUAUAUUUAGCACCCGCUUGUCUGAGGCUCGCGGAUAUCAAGAGCAAAAUGGGUGCACAACGCAGAUCUGCCUAUAAUGCUGCACCAAGCUGAAUUUAUUGCGAGACUUCUGCGACGAAGAUUAUCACGUGAUUUGCGACAUUGUGGAGCUUAUCGACACACUCUCCAAUAUUGGUUACAGACUACUGGCAUGGCAUGGUUUUCGAAGCAACCCGAAGAAUGCAGUUUCAUGGCUGUCUUGCCUCUCUAUAAAUUUGGUUGGGGCAUUGUCUGGUAUAUUUCAUGUGAUGUUGAAAAGAUCGUCACAGGCUAUGGACGAUUUUCCGAUGCUCUUCGCCGAUGCGGUGGCCCUUACCGUCUUGAGACUAUCGGUAGAGGGAAAUAUUUCAGGAGAAACCUGGCUGCAUUUCUUGCCGGGUCUGUCUCAGUUGUAUUUUCGGGGCAUUUGAGAAAGAACGAUAGGCUAUCGCACGAAAUUGCUUAUUUCAUUCUGAUUUUCAUUGUCCGUGGGUACUCACUCUACCAUAAUUAUGGCAACGUUCUGGAUCAUAUCCAGAUACGUGCAAAUGCCGUCAUAUGAUAUAUGGCUACGGUUGGUCUGAUAGAACUUAUACGCACUGGUUGAAGGCUAAUUUCGCGAUUGAUAAACAUAUACAUUUCUGGCUAUGUUUGCUGGAAAUUAGACCGUCACCUUUGUACGCAGCUUUUAUACUAGGAGGUCGGUAGGGAUGCCGUGGUGACUUCUGCUAGAAUUCCAGCUUGUAGCAUUUAUUCACUGCUUGGGGUGCAUAUAUCUAUAUUAGGCUCGUAGAGAAACUCAGAGGAUCUACUGCAGAAAGUUACAACAGAUUUCUUAAGUGAGAUCUUACCAAAUAAACUGAGUUUAGAUUAUAUAUGCC